AUACAGGAAUUUACCAGAACCAUUGAUGACAUUCAAAUAUCAUAAUGAUUUUGUGGCAGCUUCCAAGAAAGAAUCAAGAACACUGCGAAUAAAUGAUAUUCAUGCUCUCGUACAUCAAUUACCUGAACCCAACUUUGAAAUGUUAGAUUUACUCAUGUGUCAUCUCAGAAACGUUGCAGCGAAUUGUGAGAGAAAUUUAAUGACUGUGGCUAAUCUUGGAGUGUGUUUUGGCCCUACAUUAAUGAGGCCUGAAGAAGAGACUGUUGCUGCAAUUAUGGAUAUUAAAUUCUGCAAUAUCGUCAUUGAGAUUCUUGCAGCUAAUUAUGAACAGGUACGUUAUGGUAAAAACUGUCAAAACAGUUUGGACAACUGGCACAGUUUUAGU